AAUUGCUUUGAACCUCAGUACUGGUGAAAAAGAUGGCGGCGCCCUACGGUGAUACGUGUAACGAGAAGAUGCUAUAGAUAAUUAUUACUUUAAAAAGAUAAAUAAUACUUAGCAAAAUGUUUAAAGAAACUGCACAACUUUUUAAAGCCGCAGCUCCUUUGCUUGCGAAAACGACGCUUUUGAAAGAGGUAAGAAUUAGCUCGACACAUGGGGGGAGCAGUGUCCACGGGCAUCGAUAUUUCAAUGUCACCUGCAGUUUAUGUGCGAAGGUACCGCCGAGAAAAAAGCCGCGAGUCAAGGUGGACAUACCCGGACUCGAGCGCAUUACCUAUGGCGAUAGAAUGCACUAUGUCCCUGGGUUGGCAAAGCCCUCUUUCCCUACCUGGGUGCGAGACUGGAACGACCCCUCUCAUUAUUAUGCGCCGAAAGAGGAAGAAAUGCCACUCCAUAAAGAGAAGUCUUGCUUCAUAUUUAACCAAAGGACAAACGCACUUGAAGGUGUCAGGCAAGCACUGUGGCUCACUAAAUCCAAGCUGACACAGGGACUUCCGGACCAGGUUCUGUCAUUGGCUGAGAACGAAGCCAAUCAGAUUGAAAACCAGGAUGAGCGAGUUCAGAAUGCCAUCAGGCAUGCUCGCUUCUGGGACACCACAGAGGAACGACCGUCCAGAGACAAUUUCUGCGUGGCUUUGCUGAGGAACCUGAUCCACCUGUGUGGGAGCCUGCAGGUCAGUCAUCCUGGGCUUGGCAGGAGGAUCCUGGCGGAGAAAUACAGUCUGGCUGCCACAUGGAGCAGAGGUGAAGACUUGUUCCAGGUGCGAGGGCAGAAUGGGUUGCUGCUCAACAGCAUGGCCCCUCUCCCAGUGCUUGCUGGGAAAGAGGAGGUCCAGAGCACGGCCGACCAUGUCCUGGAGACGUUCUACCCGAUCUCUCCCACCAUCGACCUGCAGAGUGUCCAGGUCUACAAGGAGCAGAACCAUACAGGCUUCAAGGAGGACUACCCUUACCCUCAUGCCCACACCCUCUUCCUCCUGGAGGCAGGAGACACCCCUGUCACUCUCCUUCCUGAGCAGCUCCGUGCUAAGAUGAUCAUGUUUGCCUUCGGGAAUGCCCUGGCUCGUGCUCACACACUCCACGGGACUAAGCCUGGGGUGCUGGAACAGCCCAUAGUGGUCCAGUCGGUGGCCACCAACGGCCGGAUGUUCCAGUAUGUGGUGUUCCAGCUCAACACCACAGACCUGCAGGCUGACGAGGGGGUCAAGAACCAGGUGUGGGUGGAGAAUGACCAGCUGCUGUAUGACUUCGCCAAGGUUCGCCCCCUCAUCAAGAAGAGGGUGGUGCAGAUACCACCAGGUCUAUCUGGGUACAAGCCUGAAACCUUCCAGAAGUUCCUGUCCCUCUAUCUGCAUGGAGCUGUGUGAACUAGCUACAUUAAACAGCACCAAAACAACAAUGUUCCACUAUUCAUAACCUUCCUAUUUCUACUGUCAGUACUGUAAUAUCUGAAAAUAAAGAGACCCUAGAUACUCUAGCUCAUCAGA